AUGAAUUUUACAAAACCACCGUUACCGUUCUUUGGAAAUAAGAGUAGAUGUAAAGAUAUUAUAUUGAGAGAACUUAAGAAACUACCGAAUGGUCUAACAUUUGUAGAUUUGUUCGGUGGAAGUUUCUAUAUAUCCCAUUUAUGUCAUACAAUAUUCCCAGACUCAAAGAUUAUAUGCAAUGACUUCGACAACUAUAUGGACCGUCUCAAACAUAUACCAGAUACAAACAAUAUAUUGAAAGAGUUAAAAGAAAAGAUACCUAUAGGUAAGAUGGAACGUA